AUGACAGAGCUAAGCUGGAUCGGCUCAUUAGCUGGAUGCCUUGGUAAUGCUGCAGGACCACUCUAUGCGUGGACAAGCUCAAAAAUGGAUGACCGAUACAUCAUUGCUAUUGGCGGCUUGAUCACUGUAUUGUCGAAAAUGCUUGCCAGCAUUACAAACGAGAUUUGGCAGCUGUGGAUAACUCAAGGGAUCCUAAGUGGCAUCGGCUCAUCCUUGGUGUUUUAUCCUUGCAUGAAUCAAACCAUGACAUGGUUUGAGACUAAGCGCGCGUGGGCAAUCGGCAUUUGCAUGUCAGGCAUUGGAUUUUCUUCGAUUGCAUACUCCAACAUCGUAACUGCAUGUUUUCAAACUGUGGGCUAUCGUUGGGCUCUUCGUAUUCUUGGAUUCAUUGAACUAGUGUUAUGCGGCAUAGCAGCAGCAUUAUGCACCAAGCUCAAUCCUCAAUCAAAAUCGGUUCCUUUCCUUGAUUUUUCGGUGUUCAAGAAUAAGAAGUAUGUCAUCUUGAUUACGGGUCAUUUUGUUGGUGCCUUCGUCUUUUUUGUUCCCGCAAGCUUCAUAGGUCCAUACGCCGAGAGCAUUGGUAUCGAUCCCUGGAGCAUUGCCAAUAUCACUGGGAUUAUGGCUGUCUUCAAUUCGGUUGGCUCAAUCACCUUGAAUUUUGUGGCAGACUAUCUUGGUCGCUUCAAUAUGGCCAUAUUCAGUGGGAUGUUGUGUGUCGUCAUUCAGCUAUCGAUUUGGUUCACGGCGACGACUGCAGCAAGCUUUUGGGCUUUUGCUGUGAUACAUGGAAUUGGAGUAGGGGCAUUCAAUAGCCUGAUCAUUGCCGUGAUCAUUGAUUGCGUAGGCAUCGAACGUUCCGAAGUUGGUUCUGGUUGGGCGCUUUUUACUUGGAGCUUCGGUGGUUUACUUGGGCAGCCUUUGGCCUCGAUGAUAGUCAACCAAACGGACGUACCAAACUACCAAACACCUAUCAUCUUCUCAGCUGUGCUUUAUUUUUUCGUUGCAUUCUUGAUGCUGGUGCUUAGGAUCAUGAUUGGUGGUUGGUCUAUAUUCAAAAAAGUGUGA